AUGCCUGAAGCACUGGACCAUGAUAUAUUCGCUAUUAAGCCGCCAGGCUCCCCAUCUCAUACUCGUCGAGCAUCACUCAAGAUACUAAGCCGUAACAUCGACAAAGUUGUGCUUGGAACUUUGCUCUUCGACACCUGGUACUUCUCGCCAUAUCCAGAAAGUGUUCUCUUUGGUCAUGAUCACCACUCAUCCAAGGCAUCCUUGAAUGGUGACGCGAGAAACGGUCACCUCGAGAAGACGAUCGUGCCACCCUGCCAUGUGCAGGAUCUUGAGGCCAAUCCCGAGACGUGGUGGCCUGUACCCAAGACGGCUCUCAAGGUCUACGAUUGGGAUGGUUACACUGUAUGGGAUGUGGACGGAGAGCAGGAGAAACUCUACUGUCAAAACCUUUCAUUGUACGCGAAACUCUUUCUUGAGCAAAAGAGCGUUUUCUUCGAUACUUCCGGUUUCCAUUAUUUUGUGCUUACCUACACACCACCAAGCAACACAGCAUCAUCGGGGUUGAACAAAAAUCGUGUUCGAGGACGACGAUCGUCUGGAUCUGCGACUGAUCUUGGUCUGAAAACACAAGUAAUGGGCUUCUUCUCGAAAGAAAAUUUGUCCUGGGAUGCUAAUAACCUUGCGUGCAUCUUGGUCUUUCCACCUUUCCAACACCGUAACCUUGGCCAGUUGUUGAUGGCUGUGUCAUACAAACUCAGUGGUUGGGAGUGGGAAGAUAGUAUCAUUGGUGGUCCCGAGAAGCCACUUAGUCUGCUGGGCCGCAAAAGCUACCUAAGAUUCUGGUCCGAACGUAUAGCCAGAUAUUUCAUGGGUCAAAGUGCUGAUGCAGAUGGUCAGAAGAUCUUCGGCGGACCUUCGAAAAGCAAGGCAUCCUUUGCAAAGGAAGAGAUGACAGUCAGAGAUAUCGGUGAGAGGACAGGCAUGCUACCAGAAGAUGUGAUAGCGGCGCUCAACGAGAUGAAGAUUUGUGCAGCGUCAUCACGAAAAUGCAAGAAAACCACGGAACUUCAGGAGGCUGAUCGGAUUGACGAAGUCUCGCCUGCCACAAUGCUGGUUAAGCGCUCACAGAUCCUAGCAUGGGCCACGCGAAACGAUAUCGACCUCGCUGGUCCCGUAAAAGAAGAAGGCUUUCUAGGAGAGUGGGCGCUCAGUGACUCUGGUUCCGGUACUUCUGAAAGUGCAGGCUCCGAAAUUGCCUCUACGUGA